CUUCUCUCCUGCCCUAACAAAAACAACAGCUCAACUUGCUCCUCUCCAAAAAUAAUCAAACCCAUAGAGUUUUUGCAGCACUUGAACAAAGUGAAUUUCCGCACACCACAAGAUGAAAUGUUCCACUUUCAAGAAGCCGAUAUUCCAGCAAAGUACGACCUUGUCAGCUGGCAGGCCAACCCUGAUGGGUCCCAAAAACUUGUCUUGAUCGGUCGUGUGGAUGGGUUUGAUCUCCAACUCAAUGAGUCAGCUAUUCAGUGGAGCACAGGAUCCAAUCAGGUGCCUGUUUCAGUGUGUAGUGAGAGCUGCCCCCCAGGUACCCGAAAGGCCAACAGGAAAGGAGAACCUAUCUGCUGCUUUGACUGCAUCCCAUGUGCUGAUGGAGAGAUUAGCAACAAAACCGGUUCCCUUCACUGUGACCGUUGUCUAUCUGAGUUCUGGUCCAAUGCUAAACGAACCGCCUGCGUCCCUCGUCAGGUGGACUUCCUUUCCUUCAAUGAAACCUUGGGCAUUACUCUGACUACAGCAGCUGUGUCUGGUGCCACAGUGACAACAGCUGUGUUUGUGGUGUUUAUUUGCUACCGUCAUACACCUAUGGUGCGAGCCAACAAUUCAGAGCUGAGCUUCCUCCUUCUUGUGUCGCUGAAGCUCUGCUUCCUGUGCUCGCUGGUCUUCAUUGGUCGUCCGUCAGUCUGGGCUUGUCGGUUCCAGCAGGCAGCUUUUGGGAUCAGCUUUGUACUUUGUGUUUCCUGCCUCCAAGUCAAGACCAUAGUUGUUCUGGCAGCGUUCCGCUCAGCUCGACCUGGUGCUGAAGCCUUGAUUAGGUGGUUUGGUCCAGGCCAACAGAGAGGAAGUGUCUGCCUUCUCACCUCUAUACAGAUCAUCAUCUGUGCCAUAUGGCUGUCCCUCAGUCCCCCAGUGCCUCAACCUGAUCUGGGUUUCCAGGGGUCAAAGGUCACCCUGAAGUGUGCCAUGGCCUCUGUGGUGGGAUUCUCUCUGGUUCUCGGCUACAUUGGCCUGCUGGCCUCCACCUGUCUCCUCUUGGCCUUUCUUGCUCGGAAACUCCCUGACAACUUCAAUGAGGCCAAACUGAUCACCUUCAGCAUGCUGAUAUUCUGUGCGGUGUGGAUAGCUUUUGUCCCUGCUUAUGUCAGCUCUCCUGGGAAGUAUGUUGUUGCUGUGGAAAUAUUUGCUAUCCUGGCCUCUAGUUAUGGAUUACUGCUCUGCAUUUUUGCUCCAAAGUGUUUCAUUAUUCUUUUGAGGCCUGAAAAAAACACCAAGAAACACCUGAUGGCCAGAUAG